AUGGUGGCGGAAAGCGAUGCAGAGAUUGCUCGGAAACUAUCUUCCGCCGUUGAUGAAGCGCUUAGCACAGCGCGACAAUUACGAGAGCAAGGAAACCCGAACUAUGAGCCUGAUGAUAGGCAGACAAGGCAUGAUAUUAAAGUGAAGGUAAGACAUCUGCACUCAUUGCUUUCACGUGAUUGUAAAGAUUUCAUUAAUUCAAGUAACGCCAAACGAACUUGGCUGUGA